AGAGCUCGUGCCUUCCGCUGUUCUUUUCCUAUCAGCCGGUACGCCAUCCAGGAGCGGCGAGUGUUAGACGUUGCGCUGACGUCCCAGAAGCUAAAGCCCUUGGAUCUUUUUUUACCAAACGGUAUCUGCGUGACAUCAGGGCUUUCCGACAGAAGUGUCUUGCAGGCCUGCUGAUCAGCGCGGUACCACCAUGAUCAAAUCCAGUCAGCUGAUGGUCCCCAUGACACUGUGGGGCAAGGUUGCACCCACACACAGCGUGUCAUCAAUAUUCUUCACAAAGGACCAGAAGAUGAUAGUCACGGGCUCCAACGAUGGCCAGAUAUGUGUCUGGGACAUCGUGGAUGGGGCGAAAAUUGUGCCACGCAGCAUGCUUUUCGGCCACACUGGUCCAGUUCGGUGCCUAGCCUGGGCCUCUCCAUCUGGUGAAGGCUCUUUGCUGGUCAGCUCUUCCGAGGCUGGUGAAAUGUCUCUGUGGGACUUGACGGACGGCAGGUGCCUGGAGAGCAACAUGCUUCCCUAUGUUCAUACAUAUAUGCAGGCCCACAUGCUCGCCGGAGGGGAAAGCUCCCAUCUGUUUUGUAACGGCUACUAUCCGGAAGUCGUCAUCCUCGACACUUUGACUUUGACUGUGGCCUUCCAGCUAGCGUCACGCGUUUAUUCGGACUGGAUCAACGCCAUGCAUGUUAUUCGAUCGCCUAAACGAAAUGAUGAUGUCGUCGUUGCCAUCAACGCUUCUGGCAUGGCCAAGGUCUGGACUCUGACGCCUGAUGAUUACAAGUCUUCCAUCCCACUGUACGAGAACGAGUCCAAGACUCUCAGGUGCCUGAACGCCCUGUGCCUGGCGUGCUGUGCAUACAACCACCGCACAAUACUUGUGGUGACGGCCGAUUGCUGGCAUAUAUAUGACGCCUACGACUUUGUGCUGCUUUGCUCGUUGGACAACCGGGCGGGUGAGGGGUGGAUGGGAGGAGACUUCAUCUCUGCUGACCGUGUAUGCGUGUGGAGCGACAAGGGUCGAGGUUACCUUUACCAGCUGCCGGCCAAUUCCAUAGUCGACAACAGAGAGUUUCGAAGCAGGCCCAACUCCGAAGACAGCGCAUUUCUCAUCUGUGUACUCGCUGUUCCCAAUGAUAAGAGACUCGUGUGCCCCCCUGCAAUGGGGUACUUCUUGGGCACACGGGGUGGCUUUCACAAAGUGCUCUUGAGAGGAGACUCGAAUGGACGGGUCGUUAUAUGGAACGUUGUGGACGUAGCCAUUUCCGAUGUAGAGCGCAUUCGCCAAGAUCCGAGUGCCGUCCUUCAAAAAGGACCUUUCCUGAGCCUGUCUUUGCAAGAUGCUUGGGAUGAAAUGAAGCCUCCAGCCCCUGGCAUUUUGGACAAAAUGGAUCUGCCUGAAGGAAACAACGAGGUGAAACUUACGGCUAGCGUCUACCUGCCCCUGCAAGGACGCCUGGUGGUUGGCAGGGAAGACGGCAGCAUCGUUGUCACGUCGGCCACACAUGCCGUCAUGCUACAGCUCCUUUAUGGGAAGCAACACCAUGACGACCAACCGCAGCUGCAAGUGAUGCGGGGCCACGCUGGACGCGUCACGUGCCUGCUGUAUCCAAACUACGUUCACCCGCGCUACGAGCCCACCCACCUGGUUUCGGGGGGCGUGGACUUCUCCGUCUGCCUGUGGGACCUGAACGCGGGCACUCUGCUGCACCGAUUCUGCGUCCACGCGGGCGAAGUCACGCAGCUUCUCGUGCCACCGAAUGACGGCAGCCCACGAAUUCUCCAGAGCAUCUGCAGUGUGGCCAGUGACCAUUCUGUGGCGCUGGUGGACCUGAAGCAACGCAAGCCCAUCUUGUUGGCCUCCCGGCACGAGUUCCCUGUCAGUGUGGUCAAGUGGCGACCGUCGCAAGACUACAUGUUGGUCAGCCUCUUGGACGGCUCGGUCUACAUCUGGGAAAUGGAGACCGGGCUCCUGGACCGAGUGGUUCAGGGUCUGACGGCAGAGGACGUUCUGAGCGCCUGCGAAGACUACACCGGCCAGACCGGAGAACGCAUGGCGAAUGCGGCGGUGCGUCAUCGUAAUAUGUCUGCCGUCCGGCAAGCCGGCCAGCGUGGGGUGCACCAUCAACGCCACUCCUCGCACCACCGCGCUCCCGGACACCAGCAUGGAAUGGGCCAUGAAGCGGGCGACAGCAUCCACGCUCGGUCCCGGUCACAUCCCCUCAUGAUCCAGGGGCUCAGGACCAACCACAUGGAUCAGUACAGCCACGUGCUCUUCUUCGACAUUGAGGCGCUCAUAAGCUUCCUGAACUCCCUGAAAGGAAAGCAACGCAGAGAUGCUUCCGCUGCUCGGAUGGCUAUGCGCGCCUCGCGAGACAUGUCGGAACUGCUGGCUGAAUUCAAAGUGCAAAUGCAGUCUGAGCAGCGUUCGGGAUCCCUGCCAGGCACACUGGAGUCGCAGGGCCUCUCCAACCAGACCGAGUACCAGAAAUACCUCGCCACGUCCACCAUAUCACCCGAGACGCACAAGAAGUCCUCGGGUUUCAUUGCCAUAGUAAGAGACACCGCAGAGACUGCAGCAUCGAAACUCCACGGCACCGCGGGGACUGCAGCAUCAAUAAUCCAAGCCACGGCGGGGAGCGCAGCGUCAAAAAUCCAGGCAACGGCAGAGAGUGUUGGCAUCCCGACAUUUCAAGUUCUAGGAGGCACCAAGCUAGAAUAUACCAAGAGUGCAGCGGCAGUGGAAGCCAGUGAGAAGCUGAAACACCUUAGCCUGGCCGAAACCAACCUGACCAUGGAGGUCGCUCAGCUUUUGCUGUCCCUCCUGCACGCUUGGGGGCUCGACCCCGACUUUGACAAGGUGUGCGAAAGCAAACUGGGCCUGAUUUGCCCCAUGCGACCCAUCUGCUUCGGCCUGCUGUCACGGGGCAACCACAUGAGCCUGCUGCUGCCCACCCACACAUAUCGCAGGCUGCCCCGAUCCCAGAAGGCUGGGCCUAUCAGCAAGGAACGCAAAAUGGUGACCAUGCCGGUGCCCAAGGAGCAGAUUGAAGAGGAGGAGCGGGCUCGACGCUUUUCGUCAAAAGGCCACUGGGAAUUGUCGACGGCUGUCACGACCAACCACCUGCUCUCCAUGAUCGCCUUGGCCAACACUCUAAAGUCCAUGAAAGGUGCCACCUUCGUACCCGAGCAGGAGCAGCGCCGGAAGCUGCACAGGCGCCUGAGCCGUGCGGAUAGCCGUGCCUACAUGAUGACGCCCGGGGAAAUCGGCGGUGGCGGCGUCGACAGCAGUGGCGCCCUGGCCGUGCUCCAGGAGGCGCUGUCGCAGCAGCAGGCAGACAUCAAGCAGGGCUGGAGCUUGCUGGCUGCGCUCCACUGCGUCCUGCUGCCUGAUCUGGUGCAGACCCCCGACUUCAAGCAGCCGCAGGUCGAAAUACUGGCCCGACGGUGGCAAGACCAUUGCCCCGAGGUGCGGGAUGCAGCCCAGGGGCUUCUGCUCGCGGAACUUCGCCGCAUCGGCGCCAAGGGUCGUAAGAUGGUUGUGGACGAGUGGGCCGUUUACCUGCCAAACUACGGAGAGCCCUUCGUCGCCCCGCCCUAUGCCUCGAGUGCCGCACCCAGCGCACCAGCGGCUCAGCCGGGACAGGCAGCUCAGGCGACGCCCAAACCUGUCGGCGGCAGCCCGACCGCUGUUGUAAUCGAGGGCAAUAUUGCGAGCUGCCCGGUGGGGGGCGCUGCUCCUGGCCAGGUCUCAUCGGGGGCAAGCUCACCCGCGGGCGCCAAAGCCAAGGCCGAGGCCCAGUCGCGAAGCAGCGAUGGGCACAACUCGUUAGAGGAAGAAGACGAGGAGGAGAGAGAAGGUGGGAAGGCGACCACAAAGCACUCGUGGAGUGCUGCCGAAGCCCGCCGUAAGCAGUCGACGGCUAUUGUUCUUCUGGGUGUGAUCGGAGCAGAGUACGGCCACGAGAUCGAACAGAGCAAGCGGAAGGGCACCGACGACCAGAAGAAGAAGAGUGUCGUGGAGGGAUUUGGACCCAGCAACUAUUCGCUGGCGUGGCACACGAGUCAGGCACUGGCGCACCUGCUGCUGACGCCUGCAUCUUCAACAGUUCCCACGCACUCAUCGCUACGCCGAGCGGCCAUUGACCUGAUCGGCCGUGGUUUCGCGGUCUGGCAGGCAUACAUGGACGUGUCCCGUGUGCUGCUUGGCCUGUUUGACCUCUGCUGCGACGCGGAUAAGCUGCUGCCCAGGAUGUCGUGGGGGCUGCCGCUGACACCGGCGGCGGACACGUGCCGCACGGCCCGGCACGCGCUGUCCCUGAUCGCGACGGCGCGUCCGCCGACGUUCAUCACGACGCUGGCGCGCGAGGUGCGCCGCUACACGAUGCUCGCCCAGGACGCGCAGUCGCUCAACAUCUCGCUCCACCAGACGGUGCUGUGCCGAGCGCGGCCCGAGAUCUUGCGCAUCGUGGACAUGCUCAUCAGCAAGAUGCAGACGGAGGUGGCCGACCUGAUCGCCGAGGUGAUGGAGAUCGUGCUUCACUGCGUCGACCCCACCCAGCUGAAGAUGCACGGACUCCACGAAUUGUUUCCACCUAUCUGCAGAUUCAACAUGGUCAGCGACUGCAAGGCAUCACGGCGCAUUGCUGUUGGAUGCAAGAACGGCAACAUCACCAUCUUUGAACUGAAGGCCUCGAAGUCGCAGGUGACACCGGCCCACUCAGCAGCCGUCGAUGCCUGCACGUUCUCUCCUGAUGGCAAACACCUGGCCACCUACUCCAACGGGGAGAACAAGCUCUGCUUUUGGCAGACUGCGACCGGUCUCUUUGGGUUGGGCAAUUCACAGCCGCGUUGCCUGCGCACCCACACAACGCCCCAACUGCCGGACAGUGUGGUUGCCAACCCACUCAAGAUGGCGCGCCUAGUGUGGGUCACCAGCCGCAUUGUCAUCCUCAUGGUGGCCGACGGAACCGAGCAUCGUUUCACCCUCAGCUAAUCCACUUGGUCCUCUUCGCCGGAAAUACCGAAAUACAUAUUCACCCCCACCAUCCAAUUAAAUUAAAGUCGAUACAACUUGUUCUUCCAUGUUACAUCACGAAGUACACGCACAUUGUGUUUACGAUUCGUUUCGUUACGAUUAAAAUGGCUGCUCUGGCGUAUCGCGA